GGGAAGAAGCAAAGAAGGAAGGAAGGAAAGAAAGGGAGAGAGGAAGGAAGGAAAGAAACGAAGCGGGGCCGCCGUCGCCAGAACAACAGCUGCAGCCGCCCGCCAGCAUCUCCUCCUCCUCCUCCUCGCCGCCGUCGCCGCCAUCGCGGGCCGGGGAGUCGCGGAGCUUCGGGCCGGGGAGAACGCAGGGCCCCGGCGGCGGCGGCGGCGGCUGCCAUGGAGCCCAAGCACAAAGAGCUGUUGGCCCAGUGUCAGCAAAGCCUGGCGCAGGCCAUGACCGAGGUGGAGCAGGUGAUCGAGCUGCUGGAGGCGGCGGCCGUGCUCAGCCCCCGCGACUUGCACCAGCUGCGGGAGGCUGGCCUGAGGAUGGCCGCCGGGGGAGAAGGCGAGGAAGGAGACGGCGGCGGAUCUAGCGAGCCGAUCCCGGCCAGCGUGGGCAAGGCCGAGCUGCUUCUCCAGCUGCUGCUGGCCAAGGAGCGGGAUCACUUCCAGGACUUGCGGGUGGCGCUGGAGAAGACCCAGCCUCACCUGCUCUCCGUCCUCUACCUGAACACCCAGGAGGUGCAGCCGGGAGAGUCGGCAGGAUCAACGUAUAGCGUUCUUUCUAUAAUGCCUUCGGACUCUGAAAGCAGUAGUUCUCUCAGCAGUACUGCCAAGAAACAUAGCCGACAGCUUCACAAAUUCCUGUUUGUGAAAAAGAACUUUAUUCUGAAGCUUUAUGAACACAACAAGACCUUAGGGGACAUGAUUCAACAAGCAUGA